AUGCAGCUGCGGCCGAAAUUGGUCACACGGGAGUUGACAGUGGAUGGGAGCACACUGCACAUAUUCUUUUCAGCAGCGGAUGCCCGGACGCUGAGAGCGGCAGUGGGGACGUUCUAUGAUCUGCUAGCACUUGCCACGCGCACCUUGGAAGCUUUUGGGCCUGCCCAGCCUUAG